AUGUCUGAGGAAAAGGACACUUCAGCACUGGAAGGAAGUUCUGGAAUCACUAGAGUCUUUAGGAAUGACUCUAUAUCACAGGAGGAGGAAGAGCCAGGGUUGAUUAAAGAACCAACAGAUUUGUUAAAUGAAGCUUCUUCCGACCGGACAUAUGAUAUGCAUCCUUCAGAGAAUGCACUGCAGUCAACAUCUUACUCUGCAAGCAAUUUUAAUGUAAAUGAAGAAUAUGAGGAAACAAUUCAGUUGCCUGAAACAGAUAUACACUCAGAAUCCAAACUAGAAACGUCACAAAAUUUCUUACCAUUAAUGACAGAGAUGACCAUAGAGGAUUCUGUCAUUAGCUUGGCAUCUAGUGAUGAAAUGGAAGAAGUUAGCCCUGAUGUCUUUGAAGAUGAAUACGAAUCUGACUCAGAGUCAGAUGACUUUAUACUUAGUCUUGAAGACCAAGGUUUACAAGAAUUCCCUGUAGAUAUUUUAAAAGUCAAAUAUGUGAAAUAUCUAUACUUAGAUAAGAAUCAAAUAAAAUCUUUCCAGGGGGCAGAUCCAGGGGAUCUGCUAGGACUUGAGAUCCUAUCCUUGCAAGAAAAUGAAUUAUCAUCAAUUCCACUGGAAAUUCAGUUCCUUUAUAAUUUAAGGAAAUUAAAUGUCAGUCACAACAAAAUAUCACAUAUACCUCAAGAAAUAGUAUGCCUUUGGAAUAUAAGACAACUCUUUGUAGAUAAUAACUGCAUUAAGAACUUUCCUUCUUCCAGCUUAGAAAACCUUAGUAACUUGGAAAUUUUAAGUUUGGGUACAAAUAUGUUAACACAUAUACCAGACUCUAUAUCUAGUUUGAAAAACUUGAGAAUUCUCAAUCUGGAAUAUAAUCAAUUAACAAUAUUUCCUAAAGUUCUCUGCUUCUUACCAAACUUAAUCUCACUGAACCUUACUGGAAACUUGAUAAAGAGUUUGCCAAAGGAAAUUAGGGAACUUAAAAAUUUAGAACAAUUUUUCAUGGAUCACAACAAACUUCUCUUUUUGGCUGUGGAAAUUUUUCAGCUACCCAAAAUCAAAGAACUCCAACUGGCUGACAAUCAGUUGGAAGUUCUUUCACACAAAAUUGAAAAUUUUAGAGAUCUUAGGGUUCUUAAUCUUGAUAAAAAUUUAUUAAAAAGUAUACCCCCCAAAAUUUCCCAGUGUGUAAUGUUGGAAUCCCUUAGUCUUAGCGAUAACAAAUUAACGGAACUUCCUAACAACAUUCAUAAGCUUAAAAAUUUAAGAAAACUGCAUGUAAACAGAAAUAAUUUGGCACUAAUACCUGAUGACAUCUUACAUCUUAAUAAUAUAUAUAGCCUGGAAUUUUCAGGAAAUCAAAUCACACAUGUGCCCAUUGAAAUAAAAAACUGCAGAAAAAUAACUGACAUUGAAUUGAAUCACAAUAAGAUAACCUAUUUCCCAGUGGGACUGUGUGCUUUAGAGUUACUCAAUUAUUUGAGUUUUAAUGGAAAUUUCAUUUCAGAAAUACCUGUGGAUAUAUCUUUCAGUAAACAGCUGCUUCAUUUAGAGUUGAAUGAAAACAAACUUCUUGUAUUUUCUGAACACUUAUGUUCUCUAAUUAAUCUUCAGUACUUGGAUCUUGGUAAAAACCAAAUAAAGGAAAUUCCACCAUCUAUAUCAGACAUGCUAUCACUCCGUGUACUUAUUCUGUCUUCUAAUAACUUUGAAAUAUUCCCAACAGAACUGUGUACUUUAGAAAAUUUGCAAGUACUUGAUCUUUCAGAAAAUCAGUUACAGGAAAUACCUCCUGAUAUAUACAGGCUAACAGAAAUCCAAAAUUUAAAUGUUGCAAGCAAUCAAUUCACGUCUUUUCCCAUUGAAUUGUGUCAACUUGAGUCACUGGAGGAGCUGAACAUAAGUCAGAUAAAUGGUAGAAAGUUAACAAGACUUCCAGAAGAGCUGUCUAGUAUGAUGCAACUUAAAAUACUUGAUAUCUCAAACAAUGCAAUCAAAGAGCUUCCAAGAAAUAUAGGAGAACUGGAAAGUCUGGUUACUUUAUAUGCACACAACAAUCAAAUAAGUUCUCUUCCACUAUCUUUUUUAUCUUUAAGCAUCCUAGAGCAACUAGACCUGAGAGGAAACAAUCUGACAGCCUUGCCUAGUGCCAUCUACAAUCUUUCCUCCCUGCAGGAGAUAGAUUUUGAUGACAAUCCUUUGCUGAGACCUCCACUGGAAAUCUGUAAAGGAAAACAGUUGUAUACGAUUGCACGCUAUUUGGAAAGGGCAGAUGAAAGAGAUGAGAGAAUCUUAGAGAAAAUAUUCAAGAUAGUUGCCAACAAUAUCACUGAAACAAAUUUUGAGUUUUUAUGUCAAAAACUAAAACUGAAAACCUCAAAAAAUGCUAUCUAUACCAAGAGUGCUGCUUCCAUCAGUGAAAAAUCCUACCAAGCAUUUGUUAAAUGGAAAGAAGAGAAGAACUCAUCACUCAGUGAUGCUGACUUAGGAGAACAACUAGUUAGGGCAUUAAAUAUGAUAGGAGCGCAUGACAUAAUGGACAAGAUAACAGCUUUGACUCUCUAUACAAGGGCGAUUAAAUUCUAA